AUGGCGUCGAAAGCCCAUGAGACUGAUGAGCAACCCUAUGAGGCCCAUGUGCUUAUCCCUGACAACAGGGAACUAUCCAGCCAGGCUUUGAAUAGUGGCACGGCUGAACAGCAACAGCGCACACUCAUGCGUGAGCGGACACUGCAAGCAACGCGUUUGCUGUCUACGAUGCGAUGCAGCAUUACCAUGACAGACGG